AGGCAGAUAAAUAGCCCAAGCGCUCUUGGCACAGCUCAAAGUAAACCAACGACUAUACAAGAUGAAGACGUUCCCCAUUCUUCUAGCUUUGGCUACUUUGCUGGCCACUUCCGUCUCUCAAGAAACACCAACUCCUACCCCAUCUGGCUGGUUCAGCUGUCCUGAGAGCGAUGGCUAUUUCCCGCACCCCUUUGACUGCACCAAAUACUUUGUUUGCGUGCGCAACAAUGCCUGGAUGUUGACCUGCCCGCCGGCACCUAGCAGCGUGCUGUGGUACAACCCUGAGAAGCAGGUCUGCGACUAUCCUGAGGCUGUCACCUGCACAGCCUCGCCGACGGGCAAAACCUUCUAAGCACGCUGCGUCUACGAUUUCUGGCCCACUGCCGCUCUCGCAAAAUACCUGUGAUAUGAAAAUGUAUUUGUAGAUUUUUAUUAGUGUUCAUUUAUUUGUUGAAUAAAAUUUAAUUUAUAUUUGGAA